AUGGCUGGUACUUAUGAUAUUGAAGAGAAAAGAAUUAUUGAUAGAAUUAAAUGCAUUGCUUUUCGUGAAGCUCGAGAUGCUGGUGCAACAUUUCUUGAUCGACAUUGGGUUGCGAAGAAAGUUCAUCGUUCAGUUCAAUUUGUUACAGACUGGUGGAAAAAACCUUAUGACCAAUGUUUUGUUGAUUAUUCAAAUACCGGUCGAAAGCUUAAAUUAUCACAAGCAAGUCAAGACAUCAUUCUUAAAGCGAGUGGUCGACAAAGAAAAAGUUGUUCUGUUGUGGCGAAGGAGAUUGCAGAAAAGCAACAAGAAUAUGUCACUCGAAGAACAAUUAAUAAUUACCGUCAUAGAGAAGGAUUAAAACCAUUUCAUAUUAUUCCAAAACCGCUAAAAUCUGAAACUCACAUAUCAAAUCGAUUAUGGCUCUGCGAUUGA